AUGGAAACAAGAAGUGUCAGAAGACAAACACCUAAAGCCAUGGAAUUGUAUGAACAACGUAGUAAAGAACUGUUUGGCAAAUAUAACAGAUCUGUAAGAGUUUUAGAAAAAUAUAUCUCAGGAAAUAGUGGCCUGUCCAUUAACAGUACAAUUUCUGUACUAAAUAAGUGUAAAGAACAAUGUAAAGGGUUACAUCAAGGUGUACAAACUGCAUACGCCGUCUACAUGAAAUAUUUAGAAGGAGUGAAGAUAGAAGAGAGUGAAAGAGAAAUUACAAGAUUGGACAAUUCAUUUGUUGAUGUCGAACAGAGGGUCCAUGAGUAUUUGGGAACAAUAAAGAAAAUCAAAUCAGAAAAGAUUGACACUAUGUCACAGUGUCCCAGUGAUUCUUCAACAUAUAGUUUAGUGGCUCAGAAAACUGCCCAAGCAAAGGCAGCUAAGGUGCAUGUUGAAUUUGCUGAAAAAGAGAUAGAAUUAAAGAAAAAACAAGCAAACAUUGAUGCCGAUUUGGAACUUUUAAAACUGAAACGAGAAGCAGCGGCACUCGCCACGGAGGCAAGUGAACUAACCAAUCUGAUGUUUGGUUCUCAGCAGGGUUCAGUUACGGAUUUUCAAAUCAAUGAAGAAGAUCCUACUUCUAAAGUUCGUAACUAUCUCAACAGUCAAAUGGGUGAUAACAUUCUCUAUACGUCCAAGAAAGAAACACCGAACACUGAAUCUAACGCCACAGCACAGUUUCUCUUAAGGAAGGAUCUGAUCUCGUCGAGGUUGACCACUUUCAACGACUCCUGUGAGAACUACCAAGCCUGGAAAGCAAGUUUUCAGUCAGUCAGCAAUGAGAUGGCUGUUAAUAGCAGGGAGGAGGUUGACUUGUUAAUAAAAUACUUAGGUUCUGUUUCCAAGAAACAUGCAAUAAGCCUUAGAACAGCGUACCUACACGAUUCAGAUGAGCCAUUAAGUCAAAUCUGGCUACGAUUAGACGAAAGAUUCGGAGCUCCUGAAAGUUUGCUUAAUUCCCUGACAAAUAGACUGCACUCUUUUCCAAGUUUAACAAAUAAAGAAAGAGCCAAGUUGUAUGACUUAUCAGACCUCUUACAAGAGAUCGAAGGACUUAUGUCAAACCCAAAGACUUUACUACAAGACCCUGUCUUACUUUGA